AUGGAUGACAAAUAUCAAGCUGCACGCGACUUUUUAGAUCAAGUGUAUCCAUCACCUCCCCAACCACACAAGGACAAGCCAUGGAUCACGCUCACUUAUGCUCAGAGUUUGGAUGGGAUGAUUGCCAAACAAGGUCAACAAUUGCUUUUGAGUGGCCCUGAAAGUAUGGCCAUGACCCAUAGACUUCGACUCUUACACGAUGCGAUCCUCGUUGGCAUUGGUACCGUCUUGGUUGACAAUCCACAAUUGAAUGCUCGCCAUGCACCUGCUGCUGAUAUUGAAACCUUUGGUCAACCACAACCGAUUGUUCUCGAUACGCGUCUUGAUAUGCCAUUGGACUGCAAACUCAUUACCAACUACCGUACGGGUGUCAGCAAUAAACAACCCUGGGUGGUGACAAGCAAGGCUGCUGAUGCAUCAAAGCUACGAGCUCUUCAAGAGGCCGGUGCCCACGUGAUCCAAAUGGAAGAUGAAGGUCGUCCUGAUUUUGGCAAGGUUUUCAAAGUGUUACGGCAACAAUACAACAUUGAACGCGUGAUGGUGGAAGGCGGUGCCCGAGUGAUUCAAUCCUGUCAACCUUACGCUGAUGAAAUCAUUGAAACCACAGCACCUGUCACCGUUGGAUCAGAAGGACUUCCAGCUUCAAGAGAUCAAUCACAGCAACUCGUCAAUAUACAUCAAUGCCAAUUUGGCAACGAUAAAGUGUUUGCGGCACAAUGUCUUCGGUGA